UCACUCACAUCAGUUCAGUCUGGAGGCUCGCGUCGACCGGAACGGUUUAGUACUUUAUUCUCCGUGACUUUUUUAACCUUCUCUCUUCUUUUUUUUCUCCUCCAUCACUGCCGUUCAACUGUCGUUUUAAAAAUCGUUCCUAAUACUAAACACGGGAGUUUAUGUGCAGUGUAUACCCGAUAAAAAACGCAACAACAAUAACAAAAUCAAAAAAUCAAGAAGAGAAACAAGUAAAAAAGUUACUCGAUUACUACGAGGAUGAUGGUUGUUUAGAUAAACAGUUUUGAAGAAAAACUUCGAUAUGAGAGAAAAAAGAAAAUCAAGAUUCUAACAAAACGUAACGAUGGAUGAUUUCCAAAAUUGGCAACAUUCUAUGACGUGACGAACGAAAUCCAAAAGUGGAAGUCGUAGAACCGGUGUCUUCGUAUUGGCAAUCGAAAAAAAUAGACAGAGAGAAAGAGAAAGAGAAAGAAAUAAGAAAAGGAUAAGGAAAAGAAGAAGAAGAAGAAGAAACGAGAAAGGAAGAAAACAGGAUCAUUGGGAUGUCGACGUACGCGAGGUGGACCUUAAGGUCGUCGAGGACGAGAAGCGAAAGUUCGAUAGGUCGACUACGACCAAUUUCAAAAGCCCAGUAUUUUUCGCGCGCUUUGCGUCAUUGACGAUCGAUCGAUCGAUCGAUCAGUCGAGCCUUAGACGAAUUUUUCGUACCACCCCUUUUUUUAUGUGUUCCAUUUUAUUUUAUUUUAUUAUUUUUCCUUCGUUUUGUUUCGUUUCUUUCGUACGUUUCGUAUUUUUCCCUCAAUUCCAAGUUUUAAUCUAAUCGUUGGGACGCGAGUGAACUCGAUUAUUCUCGUGUGGAGUUUAACCCUCCUCGUCACGUUCGACAUUGUGCCGGACAUCCUGGAAUCCUCAUCGAUUUGUAUCUUCUACUUCGAAGUCUUGGCGGUAACGGAUCAGCAGCCAUGGACUGGCGGGGGUUCGUGCUGACGUAUCUUUUGAUUACUAUAACGAGGCACGGUACUACAAAAGCAGCCCAAAUACCCCAACUACCUACGUCAACCGUGGCGAUAGCGAGCACAGUGCAAAUCGAGUGCGCGAGCGAAUCAAUAAUCGUGCACAUUUCGACCGAGGGUAAAACCGAUUUUCACGGUUUGGUUUAUCCCCGGGGUUUGUCGAAAAAUAGUUCCUGCCUGCAGGAAUACAGAAGUCAACCUUCACCGAUAACUUACAAUCUGCCUUUGAGAUCCUGCAAUACAAUGCCUACCGAAUUGGAUGACGGUGGUGUCGAAUAUUUCAAUACAAUAGUAGUGCAACCACACCUGAAGUUGGUCACGAAUCAAGGCAGGGGUUUCCAUGUGAGAUGUCGAUACCAAACACGAGAUAAAGUUGUUACGAACGAUCAGACCCACGUGGCCAUGUUGCAAUCUCUACCACUUCAGGCAACUGCUCCUAUGCCUGGAUGCACGAUGAAAAUCUUCAGUGGAGAUCCUACGAGGCAUCAGGUGGCAGAGAAUGUAAAAAUUGGUGAUCCUCUAACUUUGGUCAUCAGUAUUGACAAACAAGAGAUGUUUGGUUUAAAGAUCUCCGAUUGUUUGGUUCGAGAUGGUCUGGGUUGGGGAGAACAAAGGUUGAUUAAUAGCGAAGGAUGUCCCGUAGAUGGUGAAAUCAUGGGACAAUUUACUUAUAACGAAGAUAAAACGGAGGCAAAAGUCAAUUUUCAAGCACAUAAAUUUCCAUACACGGCGAGCGUUUAUUAUCAAUGUAAUGUGAGACUCUGUGUUAAACAUGGCGGAGGAUGCAGUAAUACGCCACCGUUAUGUAACACGAUAACGAGAAGACGCAGAGACACAAACAACGGUGGCGAUAAUAUUAAAACUGUCGAAAGUCUUGAUGGUGGUACACCUGCUACCAUUGAAGUUUAUAGCGGGCUUUACGUAAAUGAAGCUUCCGACGUUAGCUCGAAAUCCGAUUUUACCGAUGACGUCUUCAGAGAGAGGACGAUUGACGAUCCAAAUAGCAUCUGCAUAUCGCAGAGAAGCUUCGCCAUCGGCAUCGCCAUUGCAGGCUUGAUACUUAUGCUUGUAGUAAUCGCCGCCAUUUUGGUACUACUCGCUAGAAGACGACACAAGAGUGUGUCAACGACAGGAUCCUCGAUUUACAGUGGACCCUAUACGAACACUGCCUACAGUCAUAGCAGUUAAAAAAGAACAUAAACGUUCUUAGUAACGUUAGUAUGAA